AUGAAGUGGAAGGUUCCCCGGGCUCUGCGUGCCAAAGUGCACGCCGGAGUGGCUCCUAACGGAAAUAGGCGGCCAGCGCACACCCUGAAGCAUAUGCCAUUUGCAGAUGACUUCAUGUGUGCCAGGUUGCCGACUGCAAACUUGGGAGUGGAGUUGGUCAAGGGAGCAUUCCUAGGAUUCCGCAGACACGCGGUGAACAGGUUCUUGAAAGCCCUGGCUUUGCAUGGCAACGAAGUGCAUGAAAGGUCGCGAUUGGUGCAAAGGGACGACAAAUACGCUCAUGACAUGGAUGCCAUCCUGCAAAUAUACCUUGAAAGGAUGCCUCUCGACCAGCUGUUAGUGCUCUACCAGGUAUGUCGCCAUUCCAUCCUUGACAUAUAUAAACAGAUUAACCUCAAAUGCGCUACUGUGAACAGCGAGAUCAAGUAUUCAUUUAUCGAGGCCGUAUCGCAGAAGCUAGUACAGUAUAUGCGUGACGUCACGUCGCACGAGACCAUUGGGCACUAUCUGAAAAACGCAACGCACAGCGCCCGGACACGUUGCAAGAGAUACGAGAAGGAGUUGUGUGAAUUUCUUAUACAAACUAGGCAUAACCUGCUCAAAACAAGGAAAGAGGUUUUUGAGGGCGCCAGAGAGGGUAACCCAAGUGCCGAAAGCUUUGUGACAUUCGAGAGGAAGCGGAUUAACCCGUGCCAUCAACUGGGUGCUGCUACGAGCGUUGAGAACACGCCUAGCUGUAUAAAGACGAAAUCGAUAUCUUUGCCCGGUGGUGCCACCACUUUGGAAAACGACGAAUGUAGUGACGGGUUGUUUACGGCACCUCCGGGUGACGAAUCCAGUGUAGGUGAUGUGGGUAUGCCGGUGAAUACAAACCGAUGUGCCACAGAAAGCUCUCAGUGCUUACUGGAAGCGGAUUGGGAGUCGGUUUGUGCCGAUGAUAGUUUUGCUCUAACGCAUCGAACUAUGACUGAGGACUGCUUUCUGUCCACAGAUGUCAUGGGCACCGUGUUGGGGCAUAUGUUCGCAGUGAAGUUUUGGCACAGAGGGUUCCCCUUCCAUACAUGGAUAAAUCAGUAUUUUGUGCACAACUCCCACAUCUAUCACCCCCUGUUCGCUCGGCUCUACAUGACGCAUAUUGUCGCAUUAAUCGAGCGUAACACCAAUCCCGUGAACCUGGAUGCAUUGUGCGAUGUCGUAAAACAGGACAUUAUCAUGUAUGGCAAUCGCGACGUUUCUAUGGAAGAAAUGUUUACAGUACGCACGAACGGGUACCUGCACGAGGUCAAAUUCGGCAUCCCCGAAAUGAUAGAAAUGUUUUCAUCUGUCAAACGGUUAUCACAAAAUGCGAAAUUGAGGGAAGUGUACGUGUUGGUGGUCAAGGCGUUGUCCGAUGUUAUAGUAAAAGCGCCCGUGGACGCCAAGGUUAUCAACACAAUCGCAAACAUAUGUAAUCGCAAUGAUGGAGUCGGUGGUGUAGAGUCGCUACUGUACGUUCUGGAGUCUAAACUGAUGAGUAGCCUUGACGCGGUCACUUGCAUGGACGUAUGCAGUCUGCUGCAGGCGCUGCAUAAACACGACCUGCACAGCCAAGAUGUGGUGGAUGCGAUGGCUGAUAAACUGGAUAUAGACAAUCUAGAUGAACUCAGCAUGUCAACCAUUGCGCUCUCAAUACAAACUCUAGGGCGUAUGCAGGCGCAUUUUAAAAACAAUAAUUUUCUGCAUAGGAUAGCGAAUAUGUUGGCGGACAACCCCCAAAAGUUCUACGAAGCGUCCGAGUCAAACUGCUCAGGCAUUCUUUGGGGUUUGUACAAGCUUCAUUUCAAACAUCCGAGGUUUCUGGAAAUGGCGGUACAGAGGUACUCUGCGAAGGAGCUCGGCACGCCGAAUGUUAACUCCUUGGUAAUUUCGCUGACUGCACUUACACGGCUGGACAGCUUCACGCAUCCGUCUGUGCUCGUCGAGAUAUACAAACUGAUACUCAGGAACAUAUCCAGCAUGACCAUUUCCACAUCUCAACAGUUGGUCACCUGCGUCACUCGGAUGCUGGAAAACAUAACGCUUUGCUGCUCGGACCAGACGAGUUACAAAACAAUGAGGAGCAUCAGCAACAAGCUCAUCAACGCGGCCAUGAAGCACGUUUGUGAACGCCUGGUCGAACAAAUCAACACCGCCCAGGCGGGGGCCAUGCUGAAUGCGCUCUACCGCUCGAAACUACGGGCGCCGGACCUCAUUGCGCCACUCAUCGCGUCAAUUGCUGGGGCAUACAAAAAGGGACAGGACUGGCAAUCAAGCCUACAUAUGCCGAGGAAAAGCAUCUACUCCUACGACACAAUGCCAGACUGCCCGUUUGAUAUUGAGGCAUGCGGCAGGAAAUUGGAAAAGGUGGAAAUCACGCAUCUGGUAGGCAUCUGUGAGGCUAUAUACGGUCUCGACUAUUGGACUCCGUAUUCGCUUAAUUUAAUGAUGCAACUCCAGAAACACAUCAAGCCCCAACUGCACGACAUGAAGGCGACGCACAUUCUUGCCGCGUGUCUGUCGUUCUCCAGCUGGCCGUUCACGGAUACCCAAAUGGAGCCAAUUAACCCCAACAAUGCGCCGGCGAAGAGAUCCCGUACAACGAAUAUGAUGCCAAACGUUCGUGCUGUGGUAGAGCACGACUUGGCCAAAACAAAAGAACGGUCGGAGAGUUGGCUUGAAGCGAACAUGUUGCAACCACCAUCUGCAGAUGUUUUGAGUCAUUUCAGGAAAAUGCUGAUGAGGAGUCAGUUAAAGGAAGACUUCUUACUGCGGUGUAUAGAAAGCCUGCACAGGCACGCCAAUUUUCUAUGCGCGGCGUCUAUGCCGCUGAGGCGGCUGAAGAUCAUGUAUGAUAUGUUGAGGUACAAUAUUUACCUCGAUCAUUAUGACACUGCUGCUGUAGUAUUGCCGACCGUCACGAACGAAUUCGCUUCCACCAAGUGCCCAUUUCUAAUCCUGGAGCACAACGCGCCAGUCAAACCCAGCAACCUACCCAUCGUCAUGCCUCAGAACCUCAUUGAGUACCUCGAGCAUCUGUACGGAAUAUCCAGAACCCAAUCCUUUCACAACUUCAUAUUCGAAGAGGGAAGUGCGCAAAAUGGCGGUACCAAUGGCGUCGAGGAGGAAGACGAGAUACAGAUGGAAGCCCUGGGCGGUGUUGAAACCAUAAGCAACGGGAAGGAGGUGCCGAGAUGUCGACCUCUAUACUCUUCACCGACGAUAGGCGAUGGGGGUUGGGAUCUAGAAUCGUCAUCGUACCACAACCAUCAAGGAUCGGGGGCAAUAUUUCACUUCGGCGACAAUUACAUGUACGUGGAUCCGGUGAUAGGCGGUUUCCGCACCACCAUUCUUCUGUUGAAUGCCAAGCGACAUAAUGUACCACAUUUGGUUCACGACAUAUACAAGGCAUAG